AUGAGCAGGAAGGGACAUCAAGGAGCAGAAAGGGGCAGCAAGGAGCUGGAAGGGACAGCAAGGAGCACAAAAGGUAAAGUAGGAGAAGGAGCACAAAGGAACAGAAAUGAACAGGAAGGGUCAGCAAGGAGCUGGAAGGUAAAGCAGCACAGAGGGUCAGAAAUGAGCUGGAAGGGGCAGAAGGAGCACAAACAUAAAGUAGGAGAAUGAGCAGGAAGGGCCUGCAAGGAGCAGCAAGGAGCACAAAGGUAAAGUAGAAAAGGGAGCAGAAAGGGUCUGCAAGGAGCAGAAAGGGACCAGAAUGAGAAAGGAGCAGAAGGGCGCAAAAUAAGCAGAAAGGUAAAAGAGCAGAAGGGGCCAAGGAUAGAAAACAGUGUCAGAAGAAAAAAAAAGACUGUCAAAUGAAGGAGAGGAAAAGGAGAUUGGAGUAGGAAGGACAAAUGAAGUGAACCCUCCACUUUAUUCUGGACACCACAUCAUAAGGCUUUGGUACCUGGGCCAGGCUCCAAAGGUAAAAAAAUAUCGGUGUUAAUGUGUUCACUUUUAUUUACUGAGUGUCAGGAAGCACAGAGUGCCGUUGGGUAGGGGUGUUGCUGAUUGGCUAGAGCGGUCAGCUGGCACUCUAAGCCAAUCAGUAGCUCCCCAUUCAUAAAAAAGUAAAAAUAUUUUAUGAACCAGGAACUAGCGAUUGGCUUAGAGCGUCAACUGUCCACUCUAGCCAAUCAGCACCCAUGCCUGAUGUCAAUCUGCACUUCCUGACACUCUGUUUCAGAAGCCAAAUACCACUGAGCGACCUGGAGCUGGAGGAAGCCUUUGGGGUUAAACCAUUUGAGAGCGAUUUAACCCCUUAAAGGAAAGCAAGCACCCAGGGGCUUCCUGGCAUCAUAGCAUUUUCAUUUAGGUGAAGUUGUUAUGGUGACCAGAAUGGUCCUUCAAUUUGCUUAAAGGAACACUAUAGUGUCAGAAAUACAAACAUAUAUUCCUGACACCAUAGUUGUGAAAACGCUAUUCACCCUGGCUUUAUGUGAUAAUGGCUGUGCCCCUUCCCUUUCAUGACACUGUCAAAAAGGUACCAAGCAUGGAUGUCAUUACAAUUAUGCCCCCCCCCUGGAAAAAUUCCUGCGGACGCCCAUGGCUAAGACUGUCUCUAGUGGCUGUUAAUCAGACAGCCACUAGAGGCCUUUCCGGGUGGUUAGGCAAAUUUUUGCUUUGCAUGAGGACAUCCAGCGUCAGUAAAUUCCCCAAAGGAAAGGGGGGGGGGGUCUAAUGUGCUCACGGCAUUUGCUGUGCAUGCACAUAAGCGCGCCCCCACCCCCCUUUCGGGUGACACUGCAGGGCACGGUGUGCUGACAGCACCGAGUGACAUUGGCGCUGGAAUCAGUUAAGUACAGUAGGGGUAUUUUAUCCCUUAGUUAACUGAGAGAGCGAGCAGAGGGCGUGCAGGGGGCUAUAGUGCAAGGAAUACAGAUUUGUAUUACUAGCAGUAGAGUAUCCCUUUAAUGUUACAGUUACGGUUAAUUUUAGAUUUAGAAUAGAAACUAUUUAAGAAUUUAGAAUUAAGGCCAGGGUUGUGUUUAGGAAACCAGAUUUAAUAAUUUAAAAUUAGGAGGCCAACUGCAAUAGUUUAGGUAUGGGCUUAUAGUAAGAUUAUAGUAAAGUCAAUUAAGAAUAGCUUUGGCUAGAUAAACCGUACCAUAAAAACUAAAACGACACUUAAAAAUGUUAAGUAUAGCCAUUACUGCAGUAACCCUUACCUUUACAAUUUAGAGAAAUAAUGAUGCCAAAUUUUGAUUUAGCAUUACACUGACUCAAAAGAAACACACAAAUUUCAAUGUUAUUUUAUAUUAGAUUUGAUUGAUAUAUUUUGCGUAUUUCAGCGGGUUAGCUAUAAUAUAAUGCAUUAAAAAUGGUCAGUUCCUGCCUGAAAGGUCACAUGCUCAGGUGAUAAGUCUACCAUGGCAUAUCCUGGAUAUAUUAGUAACGAUUUGAUAUUCUGUCCUGGCAUGACCCUUUAAACUAGUGCCUUGUUAAGAAUAAAAAUGCACAGGUUGAAGAAUCUAUAAGUAUGAGGUCUCAUAGCUUACACCCACAGACCUUUCAAUCUAUAACUUAUGUGUGUAUGUCACAGCCUUUUCUCAGUCUGCUUUUUCCCCAAACCGCAGGUUUUCUUACUCUCUUGUCAGACUGGUAACAGCAGGCACUGGUUGCAGUAAUUGGGUCUGAUGUGUCAUAGGGAAUUAAAAAGGUCAUAGAACUCACAGACAUCUUUUUAAUUCUCCUUCUUAAUUCUCAAGUAUUCUCUACAACGGAAACUAUGAAAAUGUAGCACCCUUACAUUUAGUAAAACUUUGUGGAGACGAUGAACUGUGUUUUGGUGGUGACUUAAUAAUAAUAAUAAUUAUAAAUAGAACAUAAUUCUAUGACAAUUUGGGCCAUGAUGCUUUAAGGCAUCAGAGGUUUUAUACGUUUUUACUUUAUAUUUAUAUAGUGCAUACACCGAGCAAGACCUUUUUCUAUGUCCCACUAUAUGAUAAGCUGUACUAUAUUCUACCACUACCAUCUUCUACUUCUACAACAUACGUACAACAAUAGAACUCUUUCUAGGUUAUUUACUAAAGUAAGAAUUGAAAGUGAGUUGAAAGUUAAAAAAAAAAAAAAAAAAGCCGAAUGGAAAACCCCCUGCAAGCCAGCUGUGCUUUCAGUUCAGGUACUCUGACCUUAAAUGGGAAGUUCAUUUUGAAUUCACUUUCAGUUUUCCCUUUAGUGCAGAGGUUAGGCAACUUUCGGCAUUGCAGAUAUUGUAGACCACAUCUCCCAUAAUGCUCUUAAAGCCAUAUUGCUGGCAAAGCAUCGGGGGAGAUGCAAUCCACAACAUCUGGAGUGCCCGAGGUUGCCUUCCUUAGUGAAUAACCCUGUGAAUGUUUCCGGAGGAAGACAUUUUUAUUUGUUCAGAAAGUAGAACUUGCUCCAAAAAUAUAAAAAAUGUUCUUUACCUAUUAUUAAACAGAAAAUAUCAUAUGAGAAAAAAAUUCUCCUUUAACCCCUACACGCCAUUAGGGGGCACUAUGCCGCCCUGCAUUUAGUGAGCUUAAAUGCUGUUUGGGCAGCAUAGUACGCCCUAACAAUCUUGCACUCCCUGGCCACCAUUUAGGGUAGUCCCGCUGCUUCCUUUUCGACCCUCCAGGACCAUGUGAUCGCGACAGACAUCGCAAUCACAUGGCCACAAAGCAGUCUAUGAGACUGCCUGCAGGGGGACUGCCUGAGUGUUCAGGCAGUCCCCUUAGUGCAGACUUCCCCAAACUCUGGCCCUCCAGAUGCUGCUGAACUACAACUCCCAUGAUACACACAUACAUACAUACUAACAGACACACAGACAUAUACAGACACACAGACAUACAGAGUGACACACAGACACAUACUAACAUACAUUCAGACACACACACGCACGCAUAAGGAAAUACAUACACACACAUACAUUCAUACUGACAUACAUACAGAGAGACAGGUUUAUACAUACACAUACUGACAUACAUACACAUACAUACAGAUACAUGCAUUCUGACAUACAUACAUACAUACUAAAAUACAGACAGUUACAUACAUACUGACAUAGAUACACAUACAUAUAUACACAUACAUAUGUACAGAUACAGACAGACCGACAUACACAUACAUACAGACAUACAUACAGAUACAUACAUUUACACAGACAGACAUACAUACAUAUACUGACAUACAGACAUCCACAUUUUCAAUAAUCAACCAUCUAAACUACUCCAAAAUGGAACAUGGAAACAGCGUAAAACUUCAAAGUUAGAAAAAAACUGAAUGGCUGCGUCUCAAAUGUGUCCUUUCAACAUCCACAUAUACCUGGCAAAGGUACAUGCGGGGGGUAUUGCUGUACUCAGACGACAUAGCUGAGUAACAUAUGUAGUAUUACAGUCGUAGCACACAUAAGGUUUGCAAAAUAUACUGUGCAAACUCACUUUGUGUGUCAAAAAGGCAGAAAAAAUGCUUAUUACCACUACACUUGGUACAAGCUAACGGGAAAAUUAUCUCAAGCUAAGGUUCAAAAUAUGCCUUUUGAAAUACUCUGGGAUGUCUUCUUUAAGAAAUGGUAUGCCUUUAUGGUGUAGUUGUAAUAUGUAGCAUGCUCAAGUGCUCCAAAGUGGGACAUGGACGCAUCAAAACCCUCCAUGAAAAUUCUUAAAAACCUGAACGUGUCACGUCUCUUUUACAGCACUGUAACUUCUCAAAAUAGUGUCUAGGUCAUACAUUGGGCAUAGUGUUUUACUUAGAAGGUGUAACUGAGUAUAUUUGGGGAUUUUUAUGACAGCGGUACAUAUUAAGUGCAAGAAAUACUCAGCAAAAAUGCAACAUAUAUGUAAAAAUGCUAUUCCCCCCUCCCCCCCCCCACCACCACAAACACUGACAUAAAAUGGUGACAAGUUAAGGCACAAUAUACACCAUAUAAGAUACCCCGGGGUAUCUGCUUUAUCAAAUGAAAGCCCUUUGUGGGGUUAUUUGAACAGUCACACUGCUAGAAUACCCAAAAAGGAGACAUAGGUCCGUCAAAUCCAUCUACAAAAAUUCUAACUAUAGAAACUGGAAUAGUCUUGUCUCCUAUAUGGCACUGUAGCUUUACAGAAAAGUGCCAAAGGGGUAUCGUUAUACUCAGCAGAUGUAGCUCAACACAAUAUGGGAUUCUGUGCAGUAAUAGCAAACACCAGUUUUACAAAAUACACAUUACAAAAACCUUGUUAUAUGUGUAUAUGCCAAAAUAAAGAAAAAACACAAUUUUACUCCAAUAUUUAGCAGAGAUUGGCGAUGAAAUUACUAAGUAAAAAGUGUCAAACUAACCUUAGGUAAAUAGCAUGUGAUGUCUACUUUAUUUAAAUAUAUACUUUUGUGUGACAAUUUUGUUUUCUGUGAUGGCUACUAAACCUACAAGACCAAACAUACCAAAUUCUAAAAUUGUUGAAAAUUGAAAUUUUAUUUUAGUCCUUGUAUUUUGUGACCUGUACCUUUCAAAAUAAGCUGAAAUCCUAUACAUAUGAUGUACUCUAUAAAGCAAGACACAUAAAUGAAUUUAUUUUGAAUUACUUUUUCUAAGCUGGACAUAUUAUGCACACGCUAUUUUUGCCAAAACUGUGAAAAAAAUGUUUUCUCUUUUUUGCCAUUUUUAUAUAAUUGAGAGUGUAUCUAUGUAUAUGUGACAUCAAAUUAAAGCCCUGUUUACUUCUAAAAAACAAUGCAUAAUAUGUGUUGGAGCAAUAAACGACAGAGAUGCAAAUUGCGUUUGAAUACAAACAGCAGAAAAAUGCAGAAAUGGCCUUUGUCGUUAAGCAUAAGGCAAGCUUCUGAAGCUCUGUCCUUAAGGGGUUAAAUACUGGUAACAGAUGAUAUACAUAUUCUAUGUUACUCAAGUAAUAACUACACAAGUAUAUACUGAUACAUAUAAUAAUGUAUAUGGUAUUAACUAAGUAAAACUGUUUUUUUUUUUUUUUUCUUUUCCAGGUAACAUCUUUGUAGUCAGUUUGUCUGUUGCUGAUCUGGUAGUUGCAAUCUACCCGUAUCCAGUUAUACUCGUCGCUAUUUUCCAUAAUGGAUGGACACUUGGAAACGUCCAUUGCCAAAUUAGCGGCUUCCUAAUGGGUCUAAGUGUUAUUGGAUCAGUAUUCAACAUUACAGCCAUAGCCAUAAACCGUUACUGCUAUAUCUGCCAUAGCCUCAGAUAUGAUAAGCUUUACAAUCAGAGGAGCACAUUUUGCUACUUGUGCCUAACAUGGAUGUUAACAAUUAUUGCAAUUGUGCCAAACUUUUUUGUUGGAUCAUUACAGUACGACCCUCGGGUUUUUUCAUGUACCUUUGCUCAGACUGUUAGUACCUCGUACACCAUAACAGUGGUUGUUAUACAUUUCAUUGUGCCUCUGGCCGUGGUGACAUUUUGUUACUUGAGGAUAUGGGUUUUGGUUAUCCAAGUGAAGCAACGAGUGAGACAGGAUUCCAAGCAAAAGUUGACUCAGACAGAUCUGCGUAACUUCCUUACCAUGUUUGUGGUUUUUGUCCUUUUUGCCGUUUGCUGGGGACCGUUAAAUUUCAUUGGCCUUGCAGUAGCCAUUAACCCAUUCUACAUGGCACCCAAGAUUCCUAACUGGCUGUUCGUUCUGAGCUACUUCAUGGCUUACUUCAACAGUUGCCUCAAUGCUGUAAUUUAUGGUGUUAUGAACCAAAACUUCCGUAAGGAGUACAAAAGAAUACUGAUGUCUUUGUGGACUCCUAGGCUUCUCUUUGUAGACACUUCAAAAGGUGGAACUGAUGGGAUUAAAAGCAAACCAUCACCAGUUGGAACAAAUAACAAUCAAGCGGACAUGUGUGUGUAAGAUAAGAGAAGCUGCCAUUUUGUAUGCCUUUUUAGUCAUUUUAACUCAUUAAUCAAAGUUAUCUUUCUGGCAUUUAUUUUCUCCGCUACGUGCCUAAAUCACGCACUGUUCUUACAAUUAAUAAAUAAAGAAAACAAUAUAUAAGAAAACAAAACAAAAUGGACACACAUGAAAUAUCAACAUUACUUGAAUUUAAAAUCUGUAUUUCCUUUUGACAAAAAAAAAAUAUUUUUGUAUUAAAUGUUUUUGAAUGUGGACUAUUAUUAUUGAUUAUUAAUAAUCCAACAGGAAUGAAUACGUCAUCUGACAAAACACACAUAGUGGAAACAAAUGAAACUAAACAGGGUAAGGAUUGGUUUGUG